AUGACUAGAAAUAAUCAUAUUUCUAAUACCUAUUUCAAACUGCAACAAUCUUGUGGAACUCACAAGAUCUUUAGUAUUCGAUCUGCUAAAACUUCGGAACUUUUCGAGAAAUUGAGCAAAAAAGUUGGAGGAAAGAAGGUUUAUUGGAUCGAUGAAGAUGGCGAUCGAAUUGCGAUUGAUUGUGUUGAUGAUUUGAGAGAAGCUGUUCGAAUUGCUGGAAGAGAAUUGAAGAUUUAUCAAGAUCAAGAAGUUGAGAAGAAGAAAACAGGAGAGCUCAAGAAAAUCGCUGAAAAUGAAGAAGAGGAUGAUGAGAAGAAGAGUGUUUCAUCUUUCGAAACUUUGAGUGAUGAAAGUGAUUCAGAAGAAUCGGAAGGAUCGGAAUCAGAGUCGGAAUCGGAGUCAGAAUCGGAAUCGAGCGAAUCAGAUGGUAAGUAAUAGUUUUUGAGUUUUUAAUUCAAAGUUUAGAAUUUAGAAACUAGAAAUUUCAGCCUAACCUAUUUUCUUUAGUAUAACUAAAAUACCUUAUUUUUCAGAUGACGAUCAAGAAGAUCAACUCGAAACCGCUAAAAAAUCAUCGAAGAAAGACGACAAGAAAAAAGAGAAGAAGGCCCUUUUGAAGAACCCUGCUGAAGACGAAGAUCAAGGUGGAGCUUCGCCAGUUCGUCGACACGGUAGAGGAAGACAUGGAUCUCAUUCACCAAGACGACAUGGGCAUCGGGGUGGCCCAAGACCACCUUUCGGACCACCAGAUGAGGGAAGAAGAGGACACGGACACGGACCAUCGGAUGGGGAAGAAGGCCAUGGGCGUAGAGGAGGGUGUCGACCACCUUUCGGCCCACCUGGAAGACAUCAUCAUCAUCAUAGAAGAGGCCACAGACAUCCUUUCGGUCCUUCUGACGAUGAAGGGCGCCGCGGAGGAUCGCCACGUCAUUUCGGACCACCUGGACGUAGAGGAGGACCAUCGGAUGAUGAAGGACGUAGAGGAGGUUGUCGUCCACCUUUUGGACCACCAGAUGAGGGUAGAAGAGGGCACGGUAGACGGCACGGACAUCGCGGGGGUUCCCCACCUCCAUUUGGCCCACCUGGAAGACGCCACGGGCAUCGAGGAGACUCCCCACCUCCUUUCGGACCACCAGAUGAGGGAAGAAGAGGACACGGACAUCGCGGAGGCUCCCCACCGCCAUUUGGCCCACCUGGAAGACGCCACGGGCAUCGAGGAGGCUCCCCACCGCCUUUCGGACCACCGGACGGUCGUAGAGGACACCACGGAAGACACGGAGGACCAUCAGAUGAUGAGGGACGUAGAGGAGGAUGUCCACGUCGAUUCGGGCCCCCACAUGGUCGCAGAGGAGGCUCACCAAAUCCAUUCGGACCUUCGGAUGAGGGAAGACGAGGUCGCGGACAUCGAGGAGGUUCCCCACCUCCUUUUGGACCACCAGAUUGUCGUAGAGGACAUCGGGAUGAAUCCCCACGUGAUUUUGAACUCUCACCAUUCCAUCGUAAUCAAUGUUUUGGUGGCUCAAUGCGCGUUCCACAACGCUCUUGUGUUCACGAAAACUUGAGACGACGUGGCGGCUCACCACCUCCACAUCAUAACCACGGGCCACAUCAUCAUCACGGAAGAUAUCCUCCCCCACCUCCGCCUCCUCCAUUUUGGCCACCUCCACCUUUCUGGCCCCCACCUCCACAUCAUCAUCACCACAGACACCAUUUCGACGAAGAGGAAUUUUAA